AUGGAAGCAGUCCUUAGCCAGAGGCGGAAAGAGAUGAGUCAGGCCUGGGAAGACGUGGACCGGGGCUGGCACGAGCUCAACCAAUGCAGAAUCGACGCCGGCAUCACCAAACCCUCUGGCUCCCAGCAAGGCAUGCUGAGGUUGAACGUGGGUGGCUCGCAUCUGAACUUCCGCCGCUGCAUCCUUGCUGGCAGGAAAGAACCUUCGGCUACCUGGGCCCUGGGCAACCUGUUCGAGAGCGUGUGGGACGACCGCCUCCCGCGAGACAGCGAUGGACGGAUCGUGCUCGACGAGUCUCCGGCUUGCGUCAAGCACCUCAUUCACUCGCUCAUAGAGAGCUCGGGAGCGGCACCGGGCUCCCUACCCCGCGGUGAUACCUUAGCCCUAGACGAGAUGGUGUACCUGCCCUAUGUCGCCCGCGCACUCGGGUUGUCGGCGUAUAUACCUCGGCAGGGUAUGGAAGUAGUAGGCGGGACAACGAGCCUCAGCCACUGUGAGGUUGGGGAACUGACGGCAACUCUUCAGGGCUGGUGCCCUGGUAACCCCAACACCAUGCGACUGCUCUACCGCGCCUCUCGAGACGGCUGGAGUCCGUACCCGUUUCAUGCUAGUUGCGGGAACAACAGCCCCAACACGAUCACGUUGCUAAGGGUUGGCGCCAGCCAAAGCAUCGUUGGCGGCUUCUCGAGCGUGCCUUGGAGUCCUCACGCAUACGGUGGGGAUUCGAUCAUGAGCUCUCUCGGGGCGUUCAUAUUCAUGCUCAAAGAUAGUGAUAUGGGAGGGCCCAACAGCUUUCAGCCAGUGAAAUGGGGCAAAAGGGACAACAACGGGGGAUGCGACGUGGUUGUCGGUGCCAGUCGCGGGCCUUACUUUGGACGAACCGACUUGGUGGUCAACUUCAACAACUACUUUCCUGUAACUCUUCAGGCACAGCCGUACAGUUACGACGUCCCGUCAGGCUCAACGUUCCCUAAUCUCAACGGACAAACUAUCACGGAAAUCGAGGUAUUUCAAGUGUAUUCAGCGGCAGCAACUACAUCGUCGCCUUCCAAACGCCUCAAGAUUCAGGGCCCAGAAGACACUCAUGGCGCUGUGAGUACUAGCUCCACGAACACGGCCUCGCGGGAAGCAAACUCCGAUGCAGAAACAUUUGGCAAUGCAAUCGCCGGCGCCCUCAUGGAGGAGCGAAUCGCAUUGCACCAAGCCGAAGCCGAGCUCGAACAAGCACACAGCAAAGCGGCGGCAUCCGGCGACGCGUUGGCAGCGGUCUACGGUCCCGAGGUCGCACGCGGUGCCAUCGAUACAGUGGUGGAGCUCAGCGUGCGGGGGACCAGGAUGACGACCUUACGCUCGACUCUGCAGGCCUGCCGCGAGUCCGCCCUCGCCGCUUUGUUCAACGAGGACAAGUGGCCGCCCACCGACAAGGACGUGGACGAGCAAGGCCGACGUCUGAUCAACUGUAGCCCUGCCGUGUUUCAGAAGGUCUUGGACGUGCUGCGCAUGAGGAAGCGCGCGGCCUGGGCAGCUUCUGACCGAGAAUUGGCACAUGUUCGUGUGGACGCAGCUGACCGCCCGGCGUUUGAUAGUUUUGUCAACAUGUACUUCCCGGGCUUCGAGAACUUCAUCACGGACAUGGUCGUUCCUCAAGGGUCUGCCCGGAGCGGCUAGUGCACCUCAUGAGGCGUGGACCGAGGUGUGUUAAGGGCUGCCAAGACACGCCGCGCUGAGUCGGUUACUUCCUGCAACGACGUAGCUCACACCGGGCUUUGUUUG